AGCUGAGUGUGAUGUUCGAGGUGCAGGAUCUGCCCAGGGUGGUGGUUUUGCGCCCGGACUGCUCUGUUCUCACAGCCGACGCCGUGGAAGAAAUCUGUAAACUGGGGCCGGACUGCUACCGCAACUGGCAGGAAGGGGCGGAGCUUAUCGACAGGAACUUCAUGAUGAACGAGGAGUUUGACGAGGGUAAAAUGCGCAGCAUGACCGACCCCAUCCGAUGCGUCAAAUACAAAGUAGAGGACAGGAAGAUGAAGAAGAAGAAGAAGAAGAAGGACGGGGUGAGUGUGGAAGAGGAGGACGAGGACGGAGAUGAAGAUGGAAAUGAUGGAGGAGGAGGUUGGGGCUGAGAUGUUGUUCAUUUUUCUUAAGAAAUGGGUGGGAAAAAACAGUACGCAAGCUGAGCUGGGGGGCAUUGCUUUCAUCUACAGGAAAAAA